AUGGGGAUAGUUUUUAAAACUAUCGCCCUUCUCUGGGUUGGACUUCCCUUGAUCUCGCCUUGCCCGUGGAAAGCCGAGACUCUGAAACGCUGGAGCGAACCGUCCUCCUGGCCCGAUGGAAAGGUUCCCGAGGAAAGUUCCAGCGUCGUCAUCAGCAACGACCUGCAUAUUCUCCUGGACGUCUCCCCGCCGUGUCUGCAUUCCAUUUCCAUCAACCAAGGCGGAAAGCUCGUUUGGGGAGUCGAGGGCGACUUUGAAAUCCUAACCGAUUACAUUUUAGUGGGUGAAAACGGGACGCUUGAAAUCGGUAGUAGCACUUGUCGCUUUCCUAGGAACAGAAAGGCUAUCAUUACUUUAACAGGCAAAAGAGAUGAUUACGAAAGUAUCCCCGGCUUUGGCCAGAAGUUCCUGGGUGUACAAGGCGGGUCUUUGGAAAUCCACGGAGCUAAUAAACUGCCCUGGACCAAACUAAGCGAAACGGCCCGCAAGAUCCGAGCAGGGGACGAUGGUCUUGUUUGGAGCCAUGACACCAGUGAAAAUUGGGGCAUCAUUGAGGAUGGUCUUUAUAUGUAUGCCUUUGAUUCUACCGGGAAUCCCAGCGUCUUCCAGUCUCCCUCGGAUCCCAUUAACACCGUGAGUGACGUUCUCGCUGACGGCCAGGUAGUCAUGGCAGCCAUGCGAGGUUCGAAAGACAUACCGGAAAUGUACGACUUCCUGGAAAGUCUCGGAGCCAGUAAAGUCAGAAAUUUACAACCUGGGUACGCUUGGGCGAUGGUGGCUGUCAAAGGAAGUCCUGAGCUGGUCCAGGAGGAGCUGGUCGUCACCAACGGUCACAUUAACACGGACACCGGGCCACUCACCCUGAACUACGGGGAGAAAUAUUACACCGUGGAGAGCGCCACCGAAGUCAAGCACGAAAUCGCGUUGAAGACUCAGCAGCGGUCGUUCGUCCGCUUCAUGGUGAUGGACGCUCUUAUCCAGCCGGUACUGAACGUUAUAGAUGAUGUGUCGUUAUGGAAACCAGGUGACGUGGUGGUGGUGUCGUCUACAGAUUACGACUGGGUUCAGGCAGAGGAGAGGACGGUGGUGGACUGUAGCGACUGCACUGAAUACCAAGUCAAGUUAGAUCGUCCUCUGUUCUACGACCACUGGGGGGAGAUCACGAACAACGUUGACAUGCGCGCUGAAGUGUCACUUCUCACCAGGAAUGUGCUGAUACGGGGGCAGAUGGAACUGGAAUGUUACGGCGACAACUUCACCAAAGACUUCAUUACCGGUAAUGUUGAAGGAGCAGAAUUCUAUAACAUGGGGCAGCAGGCCGUGUUAGGCGCCUAUCCGAUCCACUUCCACCUGUGCCUGGACCGUGACUUGCCCGGCAUGGAACCGCCUGUCAUCCGGCAGAACUCUAUCCACCACGCCUGGUCCCGCUGCGUCACUGUCCACGGCACUCACGGAGUACAGGUUAUUGACAACGUAGGUUACCUGACCUUUGGACACUGUUUUUAUUUGGAGGACGGAGGUGAAAAAAGAACAGUCUUUGAUGGCAACAUUGGACUUGGAACGUUGAAGGGAAAACUUCGGCCCGCUGACGAGAGUCCCGGUACUUUCUGGAUCACCAAUCCCCUGACCUACAUUCGUAAUAACGUGGCUGCUGGUUCUGAGGAUAUUGGUUUCUGGUUCAUCUACCCGAUAGAACCCAAACCUCCCUCCAAAGAUUAUAACAUGAUGGCGCCAUUAGAGGCAAAACGAACAGCCAUUCUGGAGUUGAAAAAUAACGUGGCUCACUCAAAUAUAAAAGGAUUUUUCUCCGAUAAUACUUUGGGAGACGACGAGGAUAUUCUCACCACUCAGAAGGAAUGGAAACCGUCCACCGUUUUCACGGCCAGCCACCUCACCGCCUACAAGAGCAAGGAGAGAAACUCUUGGUUCAGAGGGAGCCCCAUAACCUUCACCCAAUGCUCGGCAACUGGAUUCAACGGUUUGGUCAUCUACGAUUCAGUUAAUAUCGUCAGGGACACCUUUUUCGGAGGUUAUAAAACUGACGAGUACCGUCCUGCCGGUGCCAUUGGUUUUCUCCGGAAGUCUGCGGCCUUUAACAGAGUUUGGAACAACUUCCAGGGGAUAAAGUUUGACAAAAACGACCCAGAGGAAAGUUGA